UGUUUUUCUGCAAAAUACGACGGGUACAAAAUGAGCCGCCGGUCCUUCGUUGCUCUUUCUGCCUGUCCGCUGACUUGCCAAGACGUUAAGAUGUUAGCAGGCUAACUAGCUGAAAAGGACUAAAUAAAUCGGAUUACCUGCUAACGGUAGCUUCCUCUGGGUAACAUAUAGGUGUCCCUUUCAAUAGCUUCCAAUUAGUGCAGCUCAGAUGGUCCUUCUGUCUAUUUAUUGUUGUUUUUAAAUAUAAUAAUGUCAGAACCACUUCUUUGAGUUUUCAUUAUUCGCUAGCAUUAAUAUCAUAAACUAAUCGGGUUAUUAGUCACAGCAUAGGGAGAGCUGUGGGUGGCUAGUGUCAGGAACCGCAGGCAUUAAAGUGGUACCGCUGACCCAGCCGAAAGUCCGGACGGAGCUGACGAGCAGAUUUAUGCGCUAGCUUCCCCGCCGGAUUUGGACCCAGAACUGAAGCUCUUCCCCCCCCGAAGGCAGCCUCCAGCCGAACCAGAGAUGUCAGGAAAAGAUAACGACAAGGAGAAACAGUCCACCACAGAACGGCUUGUAAAAGUUAUUGACGACACUGUUGGUUCACCGAGGCAUGAUCUCUAAGGUUGUCAGCUGAUUAAUAACAUAACAGACGUGAAGGCUCAGAUAUCUGCAUAACUCAGCCUGUGCUGCAGGAACAGAAUGCAUAGUUAGCUGUGCCAUACCCCCCCCAGCAUAAGCUAAGUUUGAAAGAACUAUUUGAAGAUGGAAAGCCCAAUGGUGAGGUGCUCCGCAAUCACCUGGUCAAAGAAGGCAGGGUGGAAGAGGAUGUGGCACUGAAGAUCAUCAAUGAUGGGGCCAACAUACUUCGCCAAGAGAAGUGCAUGCUGGAAGUUGAGGCACCAAUAACAGUAUGCGGUGAUGUCCAUGGGCAAUUCUUCGACCUUAUGAAGUUGUUUGAAGUGGGGGGAUCACCCAGUAACACGCGGUACCUCUUCCUUGGUGACUAUGUGGAUCGCGGUUACUUCAGUAUUGAGUGUGUUCUCUACCUCUGGUCGCUUAAGAUCAACCACCCAACAACCCUCUUCCUCCUACGUGGGAACCACGAGUGCCGGCACCUCACAGAGUACUUCACCUUCAAACAGGAAUGUAAAAUUAAAUACUCUGAGCGGGUAUAUGACGCCUGUAUGGAAGCCUUUGACUGCCUGCCACUUGCUGCCCUACUUAACCAACAGUUUCUGUGUGUACACGGGGGACUCUCACCAGAAAUCAACUGCUUAGAUGACAUAAGAAAAUUAGACAGAUUUAAAGAGCCACCGGCAUUUGGGCCAAUGUGUGACCUGAUUUGGGCUGACCCCGGUGAGGACUACGGCAGUGAGAAGACAUCUGAACACUUCAAUCACAACUCUGUCAGAGGCUGCUCAUACUUUUUUAGUUAUGCAGCAGUGUGUGAUUUUUUGGUAAAUAAUAACUUGCUGUCAGUAAUAAGAGCCCAUGAAGCGCAGGAUGCUGGGUAUAGGAUGUACAGAAAAAGCCAGACCACGGGCUUCCCAUCAUUAAUCACAAUCUUUUCAGCUCCAAAUUAUUUAGAUGUCUACAACAACAAAGCUGCAGUAUUAAAGUACGAGAACAAUGUGAUGAAUAUCCGACAGUUCAAUUGCUCCCCCCACCCCUACUGGUUGCCCAACUUCAUGGAUGUCUUCACAUGGAGUUUGCCUUUUGUUGGAGAGAAAGUGACUGAGAUGCUGGUGAAUGUAUUAAACAUUUGCUCCGAUGAUGAGCUCAUGUCAGAAGGAGACGACCUGUAUGAAGGUGGUACGUCGGCGAUGCGCAAGGAGGUCAUCCGGAACAAGAUUCGUGCAGUGGGGAAAAUGGCACGAGUCUUCUCCGUUCUCAGGGAGGAAAGUGAAAGUGUGCUAACAUUGAAAGGACUCACCCCUACUGGAACUCUUCCAGUGGGAGUGUUGUCAGGGGGGAAGCAGACUUUACAGAAUGCUACCAUUGAAGCAGCUAAAGCAAAAGCCAUACAAGGCUUCUCUCCAACAAGGAAGAUUCGCAAUUUCGAGGAGGCGCGAGGCCUGGACCGGAUAAACGAGAGAAUGCCGCCGCGCAAAGAUGGUCAGAAGCCAGACGGGACCACCAUCAACACCAACACCCCCAACAAGAACGGCACUGAUGGAUAAGCAACGAAGAUGCAACCCUCGCGUAUCUUCACACAACCCAUACCAUGUUCUCUGUAUGUCUCUGUCUGUCUGUCUCUUCUGCUGAAACUGACUGUCCGCCUUCUGCUCAGGCAGAGCACAGAAAUAGCAACUUCAGUGGAUAAAAACUGAUUGAGGCCUAAGCACUGGGAAAACACUUCCAACAAAAAAACAAGACAUACUGAAUGAUGAAACUGCUGGGGGGCAACCUGAUCUUAUUUAUUGAAGAUUAUACAUCUAUCAGAUUUAUUUAAUAGCAACUAAUGAUUAAAGACAUUGAACUUACAUCAAACAGAUUUUUUUUAAAAAGGAGAAUUUUAUAAAUCAAUUCAAAUAGAAAUAGCCCUUGUUAUGUAGGAGUUUCAGACACUUUAAGUUAGCUUUUUUAAUUAUUGUUGUGCUAGUUUAAUAAGGGAAAAGUACAAAUACUGUAGCCGAAAUUGCCUCAUUGGACUCUGUGAGGUUACAGUCCAUACAGUGCAGUGUUUAUUUGUUCUGAGUCACUUUAAAGAUACAUAAUAUGUGAAGAGAUGCAUCGAGAAAUCGUCUAAAACUCAAAAAUUCUGAUCUUUUUCCGACCAGUGAAUGCACCACACCUACCAGUUUGCUAUGACAAUAACACUCUUCAAAGUGGAAGUUCUUACAAAGUUAGGAAGUUUGCCGAAGCAGAAAAGCUGUUUUAAAGUCGACCAUUUUUGAUAGCAUGUAAAUCAUGUUGGUUCUUCAUUCAGGCUGUAGGAGAGCAAGAGAGAAUGAGACUUUCAGCAGAUAACAGAAAGGCUGUACAGUACACAGCAAAGUGGCUCUGUUUUAUCCUUUUAAACCUUGAACCUCGGUUGAGGAUCAUGUGACAGGAAGGCUUGACAUUCUACAAAAUAUUCACAAUGCGCACCGCACUAAUCACUAAUAUAAGAUGCUAAAGAUGUUUUAAAUCUUUAACCCUGUAAAACAACUCCACAUUGUUUGAAAAUAUUACUAAAACCCUGUUUUACAACUUUUGCAACUCCUAACAUCACAUCUGCUCCUGAUAAUUAAAGCCCGCAACGGGGAGGUAGGGCAGAGAAAACUUUUUAUAUUAUGGUUCUUUAGGAAAAGGCCAAAGUUUGACAAAUUCCAAUUGGUGCAUGUCUAGAUAUGUGUAGGGAAAAGUUAAAAACUCAAGAAUUAGGGAUGAAAAGUGUCAGAUGAAUGUAAUUUUAAUGUAAAAUAUAAUUUAAUUCGUAUUUAUCCUCUUCCCAUUGAUGUGGAAUUGGUUUCUGGUUGUGUCUACAGAAACAAGUUCAGGUAUUGUAGGUUAGGAAUGACAUUUAUGAGAAGGAUGUAAUGUUGAAAUGAAAUGAGGUACUGAUAUUUUGUGUGCAAUCACAAUUGCCGUUUGGUAUGUAUUAUGAUCCCUUGAUGGCAGCUAGGAAGCAUUAUGGGUUCAUAUACAGUGUUCUUUCAUCACAACCAGAGCCGCCAGUAUUCCCACAUCCUGUUUGGGGACUGUUCUUCCUCUUUCUUCUCUGGUUAAACUGUUGGACUGAAGACUUGACGAUCAAGAGAUGAUUUAAGACAACCGGUUUAUGUAAAAAUGACAUGAUGGUUUUAUUUUCUUGAAUAAAAGGACAUAUUUGUUGAUUGUGUCCCAAAGCCAUGGUCCUGCUGUCCCUGCUUUCCCCAGAACUGCUUCAUAGGAAAUGUAUUCAACGUUAUCACAGCAGUUCGAUUAGACGUUUUGUUUUAAAGCACUAAAAAAAGAACUGGGCAUGCUUCCUGGGCUCUGCGUUGUUUCAGUGUUCUCAUGUUGAUUAUACAGGUUGCAGAUUCCUUUUGGCUCUUAGGCAUGAAUAUGGGAGAAGGAAAAACAUUUGAAACGCCAGCGCUUUGAUGAUGCUGUACACAGACACAAUAGACUGAGUCACUGUGCUCAGCGGGGAUGGUGCUAUAAAAGGUACCACCUCCACACUCACAGCUGUCUGUCAAGGCCUAACCAUUCUUUCUUCAUCUCAAGCGUGCCUGACUCACAGAUACAGUAUAUUUAAGACUCGCCAUCCCUCUUAACUUGGUGGGCCAUCAACAUCUGCAGAGACCCUGGUGUGUGCAUGCUUUCCUCAUGGGUCCAAUACUCUCCAGGCACACUUCUGCUCACGGUCACUCCCAGCCCUUUAAGACCUGCUUUCACCAAAGCGUACAGAAACUGGUGCUCCGACACACCUGACUGUAAUUCCCUUGUCUUUAUCAACAAGGUAGGUGGAAAUAAGCUUUAGACUUUAAAAUACUCCUGUAAAUUGACAAAUUUGUUAAACAGGUACACAAAUUAGGCAGUUGUGCCCAUGUGCCAUGCCACCGUGGCCACACAUGUCAACAUCUGCAGGGUUCCUACACAGUCUAGAAAAGUCUGGAAUUUGAUGAGAAUAAAUGUGUAAAAAGAAAAUGGAGGGUAGAAAAUUAUUCCAUUGUCUAAAAGUUGAGUUUGUCCUUCUUCCCUUACUUCCUUCCUUCCCUCCUUCUUCCCUUCGUUCCUUCCUUCAUGGUGUCAUUUGUUUCUAGAGUCCUUCCUUGUGUCUGUUUUUGAAAUUUUUUCUUGUCUUUCCUUUUUUUGUUUCCUACCUGCCUUUUUUGCAUCCUGGUGUCAUUAUGUCCUUCAUUGUGAGCUUUUUUCCUUCUGUCCUUCCUGCUAUCCUUACGAUUUUAAUUCUGUGUGCUUCCCUUAUCGCACUGUUUUUUUUCCCUCCUUUCUUGCUUUCCUUUUUCAAAUCCUCCUUUUGUAACUUUCUCUUUCAUGUGUUCUCUAUUGCUUUGUCUGUCUGUCUGUCUGUCUGAGGUAUUUGCAGGUUUCAUAUUUAAAGUGUAGAAAUGUCUGCCAUAAAUUCACAGAAAAUGUUUGUAGUUAAGUUAGAAAAUUAAAGAAACUGAUGUUGAAAAGUCCGUUUUUUUUUGCAUGAAAACCGUGUAGGAACCCUGUGUAUGUGCAGAGACAUGUAGUGACUCAGGAUUUCACAUUUCAUUCGUUUGAACAUUUCCAGAAUGUUCUUUUUUGAGUUGCUGUUCAGCAGAUUUCUGAUAAUCUCCCAGAAAAUGAAGCAUUUGGUUUACAUUGAUAUCUGUGAUGUUAGAAAUUGUUUUUAAGGCUUUCCAUGGUGAGCCAUACAGUGUACUGACUCCUGUCAGACCUUAUACAUGUCUUUAAGAAUGUUUAAAGAAAUAAAAUCUUAUGUUAGCUGUAGUAAAGAAUCAAGAACUGUAUCAUAUAUGUCAUGCAAGGCCAUCAUUUUGUUUAUGUAGAUGUAUCUUUUGGGGGAAAAUAAAAUAUAAAUCUAAACAUGGA